CUUUGUCGAAUUUGUUGAUAAAAAAGUGUAUGAUACAGUGUUGCAACAACCAUUCCAUGUAAUAGAUAAUUACAAUAUAAGAGUAAGAGAAUUCAAAUUUUGAUUAAAAGAAAUUGAAGGAAUUCAUUAUUACAUAUCUAUCGAUCAUGGCUGAAAAUAAUGAUUUCGAUAUAACUGAUCUAGAAAAAACAUUUGACAAAGCAACAAAGUAUGUACAAACCGUAGCAUCAGAACUAGAUUCUGAACAACUACUUAAUUUAUAUAGUCUAUACAAACAAGCUACCGUUGGACCUUGUAACAUUCCCAAACCGAAUUGGUAUCAAGUGCAAGCGAAGCAAAAAUGGGAAGCAUGGAAAAGUCUUGGUGAAAUGGAUCAGGAAACUGCAAUGAAUAAUUAUAUAUGUGCGUUAACCAAAAUAAAUCCUACUUGGGAAACAGAUGUGGCAACGGAAUCCCGUGCGUGGACCACAGUUAGUAGAUUGCCUAAUACAGAGAAAGAGUUACUUGAUACAGAUAAAACAUUUCUUGAUUGGGUAAAAGAAGGUCAUAAAGAGAAAGUACAAGAAAUUUUACUAAAAAAUUCUACAUUGACAAAUAUAUUGGAUGAAGAUGGUUUGUUACCGAUACACUGGGCAGCAGAUCGCGGACACGUUGCAAUCAUUGAAUACUUAAUUCAACACGGUGCAAAUGUUAACUCCAGAGAUAUUGAUGGUCAAACACCUUUACAUUAUGCAGCAUCAUGCGGACAUGUAGAUGUAAUCAGAUAUUUACUUUCCAUGGGGGCUGAAUCUAUGGAAGAUAACGAUGGUAUGAAACCAAAAGAUGUUGCAGAUGAAAAAGUGGUAGCUAUUCUUUAAUAAAAUGAUUAUGUGUAUAAGUAAAUUGUGCUGUAGUGAUGAUAAUAUUCUUUAACUACGUGAAUAAAUUUAACGUGUUAAUAAUA